CGGUGCCGGUAACGGGGGGCUCACGGUCUGUACCGGCCCCAACCGCCCUCGGAGAGCAGAACAGCAACACCUGAUGUGAGCCAGCCUUCUCGGCUGGCUCGUCCUUUAUGGAAAACGGGGAAAACCCUGCGGUUUUGCCCUUUGGGGCGUUUUCCGGCGGCUGGUGACGAAGCCGUGCCGUGCCGAGGUGGCGGAGCAUCACCAAGUCAGCGCAGGAAUUCAUCGGGACGGUGUUUCACCUUGAUCCCAGGGACCGCUGGUGCAUCAGGCGGAGGGUAAGAAGGAGCCAUGGUGUGCAUUCCCUGCAUCGUGAUCCCUGUUCUGCUCUGGGUCUACAAGAAGUUCGUGGAGCCCUACAUCUACCCCAUGAUCGCGCCCUUCAUCAAGCGCAUCUGGCCCAAGAGGGCUGUGCAGGAGCCAGACAACUCCAGGCAGGGGCCAGGAGGCAGCGCUGGGGACCCUCAGGGACCUGCAGCCGCCAAAAGAGACUGGGAGGAUGAAUCUGGAAGCCAAAAAUCUGAAAGCAAUGGCAUUGCAAAUGGAAGUGCUGCAAAGAAUUCCACAGCAGUUGAUGACAAGAAAACAGCUUAAAGGAGUUAAUUCCUAAGGAUUUUACUCCCUCAUGUCCAGUAUGAACUGCUGAUAUUCCUCUCACUUUGAGACUUUAUUCUUUGCACAUUUUAGCUGAAUAAAACCUUUAUUGCUUGCAGGAGGA